AUGGGGGCGUGUGCGAGCGUCGAGGACGCACCGCCCGAGGGCGGUGAGCUCAGUCGUCUCGCGGACCAGCUGGUGAAGUAUGGAUGCGAGCGGUCGAGCGUGAACGAUGCGCUGCGAGUCUUUUGGCGAGCGGAUAAAGACGGAAGCGGGACGAUCGGUCUGCGAGAGUUCGCCUCGAUGUUCGGUUUGAGAGCGUCGAACGCGUUCUUACCUCGCAUGCUCGCGCUGUUCGACGUGAGCGGAGACGGCGACAUCGGGGCGCUGGAAUUCGUCUUGUGCCUGGCGCAAUUCUACGGCGGAAGCGCGUCGGCGCACCUGUACUUCUCAUGGCGACUCUUCGAUCAGGACGACAGUGGGUCACUGACGAUCGACGAAUUCGAAAAUAUCGCGAAAAACGAGUUGAGCUACACCGGGAGCGCGAAUGGGUACAACGCGGGCAAGGAACACGCGUCGACGCCGGGUGACACCAUAGGGGACAGAGUCGUCAUGAGCGGUCGCAUGGGUAGGAAAGUCAAGGUGAAGGGGCUGAAGAGAAUCCUGGAGGACAUGGAUAUGGACAAGAAUGGUAAUAUUACCAUCGAUGAGUUCAAGGUCAUCUCCGCAAACCUGACGCACAUCCUCGCCCCGGCUUUCGAGCUGUGGACGGCGAUGGAGAAGUACGCCAAACCGUGCUGGAAACUGAAAGAGGAGCUCAAGGAAAGUGGUCAUCUCAACAAGGUGCUCGCCAUGCUCGGCAAUAAUAGAUUAGUGAAGAGUCUGGCGAAGCGCGUCGAUCCAGCUCAGAAGAGAAGGGGCCGUGAACUCACGGAAGAUUUGAAGACGACGGAGGAGACGCGGCCCCAACGCAAAUCCGAACAGGAGCCAGGUACUGGUAUCGGUGACAAUCGUAGACAUCGAAUCCGCCAUCGUCGCGACGAUCGCGAAGGUAACGAUCAGCGACGUGAGGAUCGUCAUCAUCGUGAUCGUCAUCAUCGCGAUCGUGAGGCUCAUCAUCGUGAGGAUCAUCGUCAUGCGGAUCGUCGUCAUCGUCACAAAGAUGGUCAGCGUGACCGCGAUCGUCGCCGAGGUGAACGUCAUCAUCGUCAUGCCGAUGAAAGUCACCACCAAGAGCGCGAACAGCCGCAAUACUACGGGAACCCCGCCGUUACGGGAAUGUCACACAGAGAACAGCCUCGGGAACCUUUUGGUUACGAAGGAUACCGAGAUCCCGGCCGAGCUCCACCCGGCCGGGUGCGCGAUCAUCAGGACGAUCUUUUGGCGCAGCUCGAGCGUGACAUGUAUGGAUGA